GUUGUUUGUUUUGAAAUUGUUUUGUUUUUCGGAGGUGUUACGUUAGAUUUUCAGAUAUUUAUGUAAAUUUCGGGGCAUUACGGACGUAGUUAGUUAUAUAGAAGCUAGCGGAUCGCCUGUAAAGCAACAUCAAUAAAUAAUAUGGGAACUCGCAAAAAGGGACUCGAAUUCGCUAAACACAUCACCGAGAUUAUCACCAAGUCAACGGGCUUUGAAAGUCACCUACAGAAGGUCAAGAUCGUGGACGGUGGCGAUGGAGCCUGCACUGCUGAGCUGAAGGUGGACCAGGAUCAUGUGAACUUGUACAAGUUUAUGCACGGCGGUUAUAUCAUGACCCUGGUGGACAUGAUAACCACCUACGCCCUAAUGUCCAAGCCAUGUCAUCCCGGAGUUUCGGUAGAUCUUAGUGUAAACUUUCUGAACGGCGCCAAACUGGGCGACGAUGUGGUGAUUGAGGCCAAUCUGUCCAAGGUGGGCAAGUACCUCGCCUUCAUCGAUUGCACCCUGAAGCACAAGAAGGACGACUCGGUGAUAGCCAAGGGCACACAUUUGAAGUAUAUCAAAUUUGACUAGACUAGAUAGUCCCAAAGGGGAGCUACUUUGUUUUGAAAAAUAUUUUCGGAGCGCCCCAAGUAAGUUUCAUAAUCUGUACAAAUAAAUGAUUAUGGGUUAUUAAUGUGCUUUAUUUUAUUACACGUGUAGCAGUACAUUGUUAGUUAAUUGUCAAUUAAACAUGCUCAUUGCGCAA